UGCAAACGUUGUUUGAUAAAGUAAACAAAUUCCGGAAUCUUCAAAGCAAGUGGUUAUGCGAAAUAUUUUAUUAUAGCUUUUACAGUGUUAUUAUCUUGUGUACCAAGUGAACUCAACACAACAAUGGAUUCCCUUAUCAAAUGUCUCUCUGGAGUACAAGCACUGUAUGCCUAGAUUUAGGCAAUACGCACUACAAGCCAGGACUAAAUGAUAGUUUCAAUCGAUUCCGAAGCCAUAAUCACCAUUCCUCUCAUUGUAAAAACAUGUCGAUGUCAGGUGACGAGAUACACAACCGCCGCUACCUCUCGUGGCGCAAACUCCAACUGUCCCGAGCAAAAUUGAAAGCCUCUAGCAAGACAUCAGCCCUUCUCUCAGGGUUUGCCAUGGUUGCGAUGGUGGAACUGCAGCUUCAGUCACCGAUGGAGAAGAUCUCUGGAGAAGUACUGGUCGCUUUUGCUGUGAUCACGACGUUGCUAGUAGCAGUCCACAUGCUAGCGCUGAUGAUAAGUACCUGCAUAUUACCGAAUAUAGAAGCUAUAUGUAAUUUAGAUUCUAUAAACUUGGUAGAAGAAUCGCCCCAUGAGAGACUUCAUUGGUAUAUAGAAACGGCGUGGGCGUUUUCGACGCUCUUAGGUCUAUUAUUAUUCCUGGCCGAAAUAGCCAUUUUGUGCUGGGUUAAGUUUAUAGAUAUUAACGAAACUGCAGCUUGGUCUGCCACUGUUAUUCUGGUACCUAUACUUUUUGUAUUUCUAGCAUUCGCUAUACAUUUCUACAGAUCUUUAGUAACGCAUAAAUACGAAACAACCUUAUCAGGUAUAAGGGAGUUAGAAAUGCUCAAAGAACAAAUUGAAACUGGAACUGUGCAUCGAAAUGGUGGAGGUGUAGGAGAUUUAAUACAAUCUAUUCAUGUCGUGUAAACUAGACUUGUAUACAGUCAAUUUUAAGUGAUUUAAGCAACAAUAAGUGCCUCGGUUUUUUGAGGUUGACAGAAACUCGUGAAGUACAAUAAGUGCCUGGGAGGGGGCGGGAACCUUUUAAAACUUAAUGCACGUUCGUAAAGACAAUCGAGAAGAUACGAGAUCUUCCAUCAGGAAAUCGUGGGAAGUAUAUGUUUUAGCAGAUUGUUCUACACUAUUUUCUAGUCGUAGAUCUUAUCAGAGAGGAAUCCCUGAGCUUUGGAAUUUAUUUAGUACUUUAUAAGACACUAAAGUGAGACAGAAAAAAUUAAUUAUUAUACUCG